AUGCAGACAUACAGACAUCUCACGCCAGAAACAAUACGAUUGCCGACUCCGCCCCCUCCCCCGUUCUCGUCCUUGGUUCGAGAAGAAGUGGUCGAGAUACGAGCGCAACUGAAACGGAUGGAUCCGGUGGCAGUCGCGACGGGGACGACACAGAGUACAGCCAGACAGAACAGGUCGACAACCAACGCCAGCCCUGAUGAUACAAGUACCGCCAGCGCCGCCUCCGUGUCAGGCCUCCCUGUCGCAUCUCUCCCAUUCACGGUUCACGUUUCUUGUCGGGCCCACACCUGCUCUCAUUCGCGAGCCACGCUCGAGUCUUUCUCUCGUUCUCCCUGUCUUGACCCGCACGUCAUGUAUCCAGCAUUGCUCCCUAGCAACCCCUUGGCCACCCUUCCCAUCGACGAACGAGCCCGAGUCCAAGUCCAGUUGGCAGUCCAGCCAAACCCUUCAGGGCUCUGCGACAGCGACGGGUCCUAG